UUUUUUGCUGCUGCUGUCGCACAUGAAGAAUUUGCAACCUUAAUUUAAACUGGAAUCAUAUGUAAACAUCGGAUGGAGUCUCUACUAGAUGAGUUAAGGUUGAGUCGUACAAAAUACGCAGAGUGUUUUUCCUAAAUGGAUAUCUGCUCAGAGGGGAUUAUUGGUGUGCAAAGUAGCGCUGCUUCUCACUGAAAAGGAGUUACCCAUUCAGGUCCCCCCCUCCUGAAUAAACCAUGGGGCCACGGCAGUGCGUGGGACUCACCCUGCUCUUCCUCUGCACAGUGAUGGACAGCAAGGUUAUCUUUGAUGGCCUGCAGAGGUAUGGUCCCACGCCAAUGUAUCUGCCGGUUAGCUACCAGCUCAUCAAUGCUGAGUCAGCAUUCUUCUUACUGGAGGCAAACCAGGACAUUAUGAGGAAUUCUAGCCUGCAAGCACGAACAGAGUCCUUCUUUAUCCAUCAGGCUCGGCAGAUGCCCUUUGUCAAUGCUAGCUACGGGCCGCUCUCUGUCCAACAGCCAAUUCCUUUAGAGAUGCUACAAAUACUGCCAGGUCCAUUUAAUACACCAUCCCUAACUUUGUCAUCAGCACCAACAGCAGAAACUUCUUCACCUCUGUUUACAUUCAAUUGGAAGGUCCACACAUACAUUAUCAGUGAACAGAUUCAUCCCAGCUGGCCAAAGGUUCAGGUGUUGUUCUACAUAGCAGGCAGGGACUGGGAUGAUUACAGCACCAUUCACAAGCUACCCUGUGUCAGGAUGUUUGCCUUUCAUGAGACUCAAGAGGUGCGUGGCACAUGCAGGCUAAAAGGCGAGCUGGGAAUUUGUGUUGCUGAGCUGGAGCCUCUGGCCAGCUGGUUCAGCCCACCUACCGUGAGGCCCGGCAGGCAGCGUGAGUCUGAGCAGGCUCAGGGUACUCCUGUGGAGCUCUACUAUGUAAUUCAAACCAUGGAGAAUGGAGACUGCAGCUCAGAAGACUCUAGAAGAGGAAGCCCAGUUCACACAGAACAGCAGAGGCCUUUGGGCUACUUUGCAGGCCACACGCCUAUGCAGCGCAUUGGGAGCGUCAGACUGUUGCAGCCGUUAUCGGAGCUGAAGUUGGACAAUAACUUUGUGGUAAUGGCUCCAUCAAAACCCAUCAGGCAAAGAGAGACAGUUUCAAGUUUUCUGGCCCUGUCCACGCUUUCAUCAGUGCAAAUUUUCACCCUCAGAGUCAAGAUGAAGGAUGGAGUGGUCUUCCUGGGCGCAAGAGCCAGUAACCCAGUUAUGUGGACGGUCAGUCAGGAUGUCAGAAGUGAGGGUCACAGGGUGGUUACGCUACACUGUCAUAGGAAGGAGAACAGCUUUAAUCGAAGGGUUGAAGCAGUGGGCUACCAGCGUGUUCUGCAGGUGGAUCUGGAGGUGAAUGGAUUGAUAGUGACUCAGGGCAGCAGGGAGGUGACAUGGCAGGUGGAAUAUCCACUCACACGCACCCUGACCAGUGAAGUGCAGACCCUUAUCCGUCUCGCACCCCAGGACCUUGGCGGUAUCGUGCCACUUGCCAUGGACACUGAAAUCCUGAACACGGCUAUCCUCAAUGGGCGAACAGUUGCUGUUCCUGUUAAGGUGGUUACCGUGGGAACAGAUGGAGCCGUUUCAGAUGUUACAGAAUCAGUGGAGUGCAAAUCAACAGAUGAACAGGUUAUCAAGGUAUCCGAGCGCUGUGAUUAUGUGUACGUCAAUGGAAAAGAGACAAGAGGGAAGAAAAGGGUGAUGCUCAACUUCACCUACAGUUUUUUGAGCGCACAGCUGGAGAUGAGUGUAUGGAUCCCCCGCCUACCAUUGUUGAUAGAUGUAGCUGACACUGAACUCAGUCAGAUUAAGGGCUGGAGAAUCCCCGUUAGUGUUGGCAGCAGGAGAUAUGAGAGAGUCACUGAUGACAACAAUGGUGCCUAUGGACAAGAAGAAAAUUCCUGUGUACCCCAGUACCAGAGCACAUCUCUGCAUGUCCUCACACAGUUUGUUAGCGAUGCAGGGGAGUUUAGAGGAGCCAUGGAGGACGGCGGUCCAGGUCAGCAGAACUUCCUGUUGGGUACAGACUGGCAUGUGGAUGUUACACUGCUGGUCAAGGAAUCUCUUAGGGUGCAGGACCCGAAGAUCGCAGAGCUCCUGGAGGGUCAAGUGCUAAUUGGACUGAGUACUGGAACCACUAAUCUACAGGUUGUAUCCCCUCUGACAUCGUCAGUCCUGGCAGAAAGGCGCAUCAGGGUGUUGGAUGAUAAAGUGAGUGUGACAGAGCUUGGGGUGCAGUUGGUUUCUGGACUCUCUUUGUCCCUACAACUGAGCCCUGGAAGCAGCAGAGCCAUUGUUGCUACUGCAACAACACAGGAAGUCAUCGAUUCACUGACACAGGAAUCGCUUAUCAGUGCCUGGCUUCAGUUUAGUGAUGGAUCUAUGACUCCUCUGGACAACUAUAAUUCUGCCCAUUUUACACUGACAGCCACAUCUCUGGAUGAACAGGUGGUGGGUGUGCAGCAGAGUGCAAAAUGGAAGUGGCCGAUCAUUGUUGCCAAAGGUGAAGGCCAGGGUUUGCUUGUACGUGUGGAGAUGAGUGCAUCAGAAUUGUGCCAGAAGUCCAAACGACGUUCUACUUUAGCAACAGGAAUGGUGAAUGUACAGGUAAAGUUUGGUCACUCAGAGGAGAAGUACAGUAAACCAGGAGACAGGAGGACACGUCCGGAUCCUCCGUAUUAUGGUGGCUCUAUUUCUGACAGGGACAAUGGAUUAAUUAACCGUGCUGCCACAACUAUUAGAGGCCAAGUUCCAGUGAGACCUAAUGGUGGUCGCUUAUCAUCAGACAGUGGGAACAGGAACCUAAAUGACUUCUCAGAAUACCCAGAGCUGCCUCGGAGUCGCAGUACCGAUGAUGACUUGUUGCCAUCAAGGCGUGGGCUAACAGACUUGGAGAUCGGUAUGUAUGCCCUACUGGGAGUCUUCUGUCUGGCCAUCCUGGUUUUUCUCAUCAACUGCAUUUCUUAUACAUACAAGUACAGAAGUAAACACCUCUCUCUAGAGGCCCCAGAGACUAUGCCCCAUGCUCAUGACUGGGUUUGGCUAGGCCAAGAGGAGGGGCUUUGUCUGCAGCAACAACAACAUGAAGAACUGACCGGCAUCUUGGAAGAAGGUAGCCAGCUUUUAAACGGAGGUAUCCUGCGCAAUAGUACAGACAGUAGUGGAUGUAGUACCAGUGGAAGAGAUCUGAGGAAUGAGUCGCUUAACUCACCAACCACAAAAAGGAAGAGAGUAAAGUUCUCCACUUUCUCCAAUGUGAAGGCCAGUAAUGGAUGUCCAGUGCUUAGUCCAUUGCCGCUGGUGCAGACCAGUGAUAUAAAAUGGGUUUGUCCAGACAUUGAGCUCGGGGACUCAAAGGAUCUUAGGAACUACAUGGAAAAGCUUAAUGAGAAUGCAAUUAAAAACACUGCAUAAGAGGUUCUGGGAGUUUUCAUUGAACUAAAGAGAAACUCACCUGAAUGCCUUUAUGAGAAGGAGGGAGAGAAUAGGAUGCUAUAAGGAGAUGGAAAAGGAAGCAAUCUGAUGGCUGUAGUUAUGAGAAGACCUCAUCUUGGAAACUGAACAGAUCACUGUCACUUUUGAUUCUGUGACAGUUCUCUCACAUGGUUUGGGCAACCAUUUACAAGAUUUAAAUUUCCACUCAACAGCAUAGUUAAAAGGUUUAAAGUGGGAAUUUCAGUGUUGCUUAAAUGUUUGUUGUCUUCUACUGAGCUCAAUAUUUGUUUGAUUUUACUUUUUACUUUGAAUUAUGUUUUACAGUUCUAUAUGUUGUAAUUUUUAUUUUAUAUCUGUCUUUUACCAUGAAAAUUAUAGAGCAUAUGAGACUAAAAUCUAAAGCAGUUUUGUACUGUAAAUUAAUGCAGAGUUCCAUUUAGAGUUACUAUGCCUACAGUAACAUUUUGUAAAGUGCUGUUUGGUUUGGUUUUAGCUUUGUUUAGUCUCCAAAAGUCAGAUCCAAGCAUGAUGUUAUUUAUGAGGAACCAUGUCUGUCUUAUCUGAAAAAACUAUGUAGAUAACUAAUACCCCGUGCACUUGGAGAUGAUUUAGUUCUGUACUAUUAAAUUCCCUUAUCAUUGUUGAAUUCUGGGUUCUUAUAUUUAUAUAAUUUUAAAUCUUCUGUUCAUCUGUUUUAUAUUUUUGUGUUUUUUUACUGUUGCCCACCCCUCUCGGCAUAUACUAAAGUAGCUUUACCUCUGGAUUUAACUGUAUCAAUAUCACAAAUAUUUUACAUUAGACAUUUUACAGCCAAAAAGUUGUGAUUUCUAAUGCUGAUUUCUACCCAACUCCAUAAAGAGCCCACACCAAUGGACACCCCUGCUGGAGAUGAGUGCAAAGCUUCAAGUUUAAGAUUAGGAUACUUUUUAACUUGCUCUUAUCAAUCUCCUCCUAAAGGCUAGUGGCAAGAUACAUUUUGGGUCCUGUUCAUGCCUUGUUUGGCUACAUUCCACUUCUUUUUUAAAUGCUCUGAUUGUAGACAUGGGCAAGGUGAUAGCAGCAAUGAAUUUCUGCCUACAGUAUUUCUUCACCUAUCAGGACUGAAGCAUAUCUGACUAAAAGUGGGGACACACUACACAUUUAAGUUGUUACUAUUUACCCCUGAUUUUCAGUGGGCUAUUUUCUUUGUCAGUGUGCACUAGUUGCGCGUAAUGGCACAACAGGGUGGCAGAGAAACCUUUUUGUACAUGAAAUGAAGACGACAGUUGGAAGUAUGGGUGGAGCAGGGCAAAACCUCAGUCGCUGUCAAACAAAAUGCUUGGAUAUUUUCUGGAAGCAGCAAGAUAGUUUGAAAGAUAACUGACACAGCUGAUAACAUAUGUUCCAAACAGCCAAUGAAAGAGAAAGGCUAGGAUAUAUCAGCAAACACAAGGUUUUUUUGAACUAGGCACAACUGCAAACUUUCAACUAAUUGCAACAAUAGAUAUUAAAGACAAAAUUGCAGCAUAUUCUUAAACAUUUUUUAUCAAGAUUUGAAUUACUUUUAAUUUAUAUUGUUUUAUAUCUUAAAGUUAGUUAUUGUUAAUUUUGUUGGUUGUACAGUAUGUCUUGGUUUGAGUGUUUUUUUUUGUUCAGCCAUUGCAGGAACUACUUGAGUAGUAACUACUUCUGGCACUGGUGAUUCUGUUUAAACACAAUAUUUUUUUAUUAUGCCCCCAACCCCCCAAAACCAAUGAAUAGAUGUACUUUUAAAGAUUUUUCUAAAUAUCCUUAUGGAUUUUCCUUUUAAACAUUCAUACUGCAAGAAAAGGAAACAUUUUCGACGGGUGUGCAAGACGUUUUAUGUUCUCAUAUGUUUAGUCUACAUUAAACUCUAGAGAUUUCUGAUCCCUUAAAACAACCAAUGUAGUAAAAGAUGUUUAAAACUUUGGAAUUCAUUCAAAGAAUUUGUCAUCCCCUUUUUGUUAGACAGUGGUCCUUAUCAUGUUCAUAUUUUUCUACUGUAUCUCUGUUUGAA